GCCGACUUUCCCAUGGACAGAAAGUGUGGGUAAAGGCCUUCCCCGGCCGCGGGCGACGCUAACGCCUCGGCCCAGGUCACACAUCAUCUCCAGGGCAGCACCAUGUCAGGAGGGCGACGUCUUGGAGCUGCGCAUGGAAAGCAUGACCAGCUCUGGACAGGCUCUGGGUCGCUUGGGCCCGACGCGAUGGGUAGUCAUGGUCUUUGGCGCCUUGCCGCUGGAGCUGGUCCAGCUGAAGAUCAUUCGGAACUUCAAAGGCCGAUCUGAGGCAAAGCUGCAGCGGAUCUUGGAGAAAUCGCCGGAACGGGUGGAGCCAAGGUGCCCCAUUUUCGCUCAAUGCAGCGGAUGCCAAUACCAGCACUUGAGCUACGAAGCACAACUCUUUUGGAAGCGCGAACACGUGCAGCAGGUGGGGCGGCGAUGUGUGGAAGCUGGACCUGCUAUCUUCGGUUCCAACGAGGCGUUUCAGCAAGGACUCUGGAAAGCAGUGGCCCUCUUCAACGCAGCCUGUUGGGGCUCUUCGUAUGUCUCCUCGCAAGCAGGAAUUGAUGCCCUGAGCACCGCCGGUGUGGAAGACGCCGCCGUAGUCUUCGGAGCCUGUCGCUUUCUCUUGGCCGCUCUGCCAAUGCUUCCGUGGAUCCUAAAGUCCAGUUGCCCUGAAAGCGCCAGAGGUAGUGCAUUGGUGGGCAGUCUGAGUGCCAUCGCAUAUGCUGCGGUCUUUGCUUCGCUGUCUCACGGGACCACUGGGGCGAAAGCAGCUUUCAUCAUGGCUUUGCAGACCAUCAUCGUGGCCUUCUGUAGCUCCCUGGCGGCGAAGCGCUUUCAGCUGGGUUCAAUGGCAUCAGCCUUUCUGGCCAUUUGCGGUGUGGCUUUCCUAGAGCUGGGCGAAGUCGAUGGCGCGUCCACAGCAGCGCCUGGUGACCUGCUGUGCAUGGCUGCGCCGCUGCUGAUGGGUUUGAGUUGGCACCUGCUGGGGGAACACAUGAGAACCUUCCCACAGGAUGCCACUCCGGCGGUGGCCAUUCAGCUGGCUUGCUUUGCGUUGGUCUUCGUUGGCUGGAGCCUCUUUGAGCAGUUGAUGGCCCAUGGUGUUGGCGGCCUUGGAACAUGGGUUCAACAAGUACCGACUUGGUUGGAAGUCCCAAAUUUGCUACCUGCCUUGAUCUUUUCCGCUUUCCUUGGAAAUACCGUGACCUUUCUGUUGUGCAACUGCGCCAUGCGCAAGCUGAAGGCAGAAGAGGUGUCGCUGCUGUCGGCCUCAGAGCCGCUGUGGGCGGCGCUCUGCGCCUCGCUGAUGUUGCACCAGUCUUUGGCGCCCAGCGAAUUGGUCGGAGGCGCCGCCAGUGGAGUGGGGAUGGGAAGUUGA